GUUUAGAGAGGUUGUGUCUGGUCAGGACACAACGGGGCAUGAGGAGGAGGCCAGGCCGCAGCCUCGGGGUGGAGUGAGGGAGUCUCCCGGAAGAGCAGCUGACUCGGCCUGUCACCUAAAAUAUGGCCGCUCCGAGCAGCCCAACUGAGUCUAACGGCUCCUGGGGCUGUUCAGGGUGAGCAAGAUGGCGUACUAGGCUGGUUACUUGAUUACUUAAUCUGCUUACGUUGUUUUCCUCUGCUUAUCUUUCUAUGAUUUAGUUGGACAUCAGAGCACCAUGGCUGGGAGAUUGAUGACAUUGCUGGACAAUUUAGACCAAUUUAUUGAGGUGCUUGCUUUAUCUCCAAGUGCCCAUGCCAAAGAUUGGGAUAUCCUCCAUGUACAAAGAGCUCUUGAAUGGGGAAGCUAUUUUCAACAUGUCCACCAUCGGUACAAGGCUAAUAAUUCUCUUAGAAACUCAAUUGAAGCUCAUCUUACAGCAAAAAACCAGGAGCUUUCUUGUUGCAUGAAAAACUACCAUUGCAUUACGUUUGAUGACCUUGGUAAGGGUAGAGAUAUCUUGUGUAUGUCUCUUCUCCAGAACAAGUCUCUUCCUGAUCCCGUAUUCAAAUACGUAACUGAGUUGCUCCGAAAUUCAGAUACCAAAGGUGCUGAAUCCACGUCUUUAACCCAUUUUAUAUCCCAGAAGGUGGCUUCAGAACUACUUCUGUCUCUUCCCCUAUUGGCUUCCAAAGGAUUGCAGGAGCCACUGGACAACCCUGUACUAAUGACACAAGCUGAACUAUUGAGAAGCAGCUUAGAGGGAAGGCUGAAGGUGUCAGAAGACAACCAGAAGUCCUCUAUUGUCUCACAUUUUCUUGGCCGGAUUUCCAAACCACAUGUCUACCACCUUGUAGAAGCUAUACUUCUAUCUAAUGAUGCUUUGGACUCUGAACACCAGAACCUGUUAUCUGAUCUUCUACUGGAUUGGGUUCUGUCAAAUGAUGACCUCCGCAUUGGAUUUUUCUUGAAUGUAAAGUGCCAGGGCCUGGCAAGGUUGAGCUUCAUGUCCUCCAGGUUCAGGCACGAGUACAUGAAUCAUUUGGAAAAGCUAGGGAGUAGUAUGGAACCAGAUGUAAACCGUGGUAAAUGGGUUAGUGACACCUUCAGACUAUCUUUUGAAGGACUGCUGGAUCAUUAUAAACAUCUCAUGGAAGGGCCUGCAGCUGUGAAAGACUCCAUAUUGACUAAACUUCGGGCCUUAAAAAGCCAGGAUGGGAAUUAUGAUGUGCCUGGUAUCCGUAUAUGGACUGAUGUGUUGGCAGAAAUACAUGAGACGUAAGGCCCCUUGCAGACGAGUGAGUUUUCCGCGCGGGUGCAAUGCGUGAUGUGAACGCAUUGCGCCCGCACUGAAUCCGGACCCAUUCAUUUUAAUGGUUCUGUGUACAGGAGCG